AUGCUAAGAGGGGAGGCUGUGUCUUGUGGUGGAUGCUUAAACAAAGGACUGGUGCCAAAAGUGCUUGUAGACCUCCGCCAUCACUUAAUUUUGGGCAUGGGGAAAUGGGGCCAGCACUCAUCUCAUGCAUGCAACCUCUGCUACUCAGUUUCCAGAUGUCUUUGGAGUAGCCACCCUCAAGUGGUAAAGCUCCACAAUAGAUCCGAUUUCCUUAGAUCUAUCCUAUGUGUCUAUCUGCCAAGUAUUCUCUCUUCGGACUGGUGCUGGUUGUUCAGAGUCUCAGGCAAGGGUCUUUCCCCAAGCCCUGUUUCCUUUUUAGCUGAAGAUGCUGGGGUUGCAGCAAGGGACUUCGGCAUGGAAAGCAGAUUCUCUACCACUGAGCUGCAGGUGCUUCUUUGCAUGCAUCCAUGUCCGCUAGGUCACAGGGCCAGCAUCCCAGCUUCAAAAGAAUCUUUGGGGGCAGGGGAAGAUUUGUUUUAG